AUGGUCAAAGAAGCAAGAGAUCAAUUACAAAGCAAUGAAACAAUGACGGAAUUAAAACAAGUUUUGGAAGGAAGUUGCAAAUUGAUGUUGUUAAAACCUGCCGUUGAAGUCUGUCAAAAAUUAGCAGAUGAAUUUGUUCCAGAACUUGUGGAAAUGUUGUUGUCGCAAAUGGAUCCUGAAAGUGUUUGCACAGUUGCCAAGUUAUGUAACGAUGCCAAUUUGAGAGAAGAACAAACUAAUUCCAAAGAAUGCACGACUUGUCAGGAAUUCAUAACUUCAGCUGCACACAUUGCCACGAGCAGCCCACAAUCGGAGUUAAUGAAACAAUUCACGAGCAUUUGCAGGGCGAUGGGAAGUUACAGCGACGCGUGUUUAUAUUCCCUUUUUCAAAAUCCAUCGGUCGUCAUUCACGAAGCGACAAAUUUUCUUUUUCAUAAACCCUGCGAAGCGACCAAACUUUGUCCGGAAGGUUCGACGAUGAAAGUGAGCGAAUCCGUCGGUCAAAUAUCUUCCGAGAAAUGGGAAAAUUCAAAAGAGAAAAUGUGUUCCCUUUGUCCCGCCAUAAUGGAAAACGUGCACGGGAUGGUGAAGGGUCGGAAAAACGAAGACAAAUUAAUAGAUUGGUCCAUCGACGUGUGCACGUCGUUGUCGUACAGUAAAAAAUCCUGUUCGAAAUUCGUUAAAGAAUAUCACAAGAUGAUUUAUUCGUAUUUCAAAACGAACGCGACCUACGAUUACAUUUGCACCAAAGGUUUGGGUUUGUGCGAUCGCGACUCUACCUCGGGACCUAUAUGGCCUCUUUUCCCCGCCGGCGAAUCGAGCAGCGAAAUGACGAAAAAAUUGUCGCGAGUCUCUUUCGAUGGCGAUUCGACGAAAGUAAAAGUUUUGAAACCUGAAAAACCUCACAAUUUUAAAAUAUCAUUCGGAGAUCCUUUACCGUCGCCAUUCAAACCUCUUCCUAUUAAUCGAAUCAUGAGCGCGAACGGUGGCGACUGUCAAGCUUGCACGGACAUGUUCAGUACAAUAUCACAAUACAUGACGAUACAUCCCGAAUACGUCGAUUCCACGUUGAAUUCCACGUGCGACGGUUUGAAAGAUUCGAAAAGUUGCAUAGAUUUCAUCAAACAAUACGGAUACCUAUUCAAAAAUUCCGGACACAUCGUACCUGAAAAAGUUUGUCCGUUCUUGGUGCCGCUCUGCGGAGGAAAUACUUUCCCAGGGAUUUUCCUAACUGAAAUAAAUUCGGAAGAAAAUUGUAAAUUUUGCAUCGAUAUAUUCGAUUCUUUGAAGGGUGACGGAAGGACGAAAGCAGCUGAAUCUCAAAUUAACACGGGUCUGAAAGAAAAUUGCAAGUUGGCACCGUUGGAAAAUCAAGACGUUUGUAAUCAAAUCGCGGAAAAUUUUUUGAAAAACAUCAUAACCUCCGUGACGAACGACGUUGACAGCGAAGACACGUGCGGUUACUUGCAAUUGUGCAAACCGAAGCAGAAGAAAAUGGAUUUAACGGAUAAGAAAUAUUGCGGUACCUGCUUGUUGGCAGUUCAAACGGUUUACGACGAAUUGAAAGACAAAUCGAGCAAGGAAGAAAUAAAAACUUUGCUUGAAAACGUUUGCGAAGAAUUACCGUCGAUAGAAGUGGGACCCUGCAAAUUAAUCGUGUCGGAAUUUUCCGACGAAAUGAUCGAUUUCAUAACGGAAAAUUUGAGUCCCUCUCAAGUUUGCAGAAAACUUCAUUUGUGCAGUUCGAACAGAACUCUGAGCAAUUUGGUAUCGAAAUAUGUAAAAGAAGGGAAAAGGGAAAAGGUUGUCGUUGCUCCGAGGGAAAAAGUUCCCUGCAAUUUUUGUUUGACCGCCAUGAAAAUGAUAAUCAAUCAAUUGGAAAGUAAUAAAACAGAGGAAGAAAUCGUCGAUUCUUUGCAUCGCAUUUGCGAUUACAUGCCGGAAGAAGUUCGGGACACGUGUAAAACUCUUAUAGAUCAAUAUACGGACGACAUUGUCGACAUGAUAAUUGCGGAUUUCAACGCGACCGAAAUUUGCAUGUAUUUGAAAUUAUGCGGAUCUCAUUCGGAAUUAUUUAGUCCCCCACAAAUUUCAACCUCGGGAUUCAACAUCGAAACGAACGAAGUUUGGAGAAAAUACAAUCCGAGCGGUGCCUGUCAUUUUUGUCAACUGAUGGAAAGAUCGAUGAGCGUUAAGGGUUACGAAAAUAAGGGAGCUGAAGACAUGCUUGGUUUGCUCGCGGAUGUUUGUUUGACCAAUUCGGAAAACCUGUACGGUCACUGCGCGAAAAAAUUCUCGCAAGAAAUUCUACCGGUGGGAAAAAGUGCCUUAUUAGCAAUGUCGAACGUUUGCGAAGAAAUGAAAAUAUGUCGCAGGGGAAAAGGAACGUUGGAAAAUGUGGGAGUCGCGAGUAAACUCCUCGGGAGAAUUCGUUCUGCCGUCGAAGAAUGCGCCAUGUGCGAAAGCGUCGCGGGAAUCGUGUCAUCCACCCACGUCAAAUCCCAGGGUUUAAAAUAUUAUUACGCGGACAACGCGGAUGAUUUGUGCACGACCGUUCCCUCCGACAAAAAGAACAUGUGUAAAUCCAUGUUGACGUCAUACGCACCGAGCAUAGUCACGCUCCUCACGGAAAUGAAAAUCAAACCCGACGACGUUUGUUUCCAUUUGAAACUUUGCGACAAAAGUUCUCAAACGAAAAUCAAUUUGCCCGUCACGAGCAUCGAACAAAGCGGUUUGAAAAACAUAAAAGAUCCAAACGAGUGCAGUCAAGGACCCUCAUUCUGGUGUAAAAACGUUGAAAAUGCAAAAAAAUGCGGGACUUAUUUGCAUUGUAAGGAAAUGGUUUGGAAAAAAGAAUAA